UACAAUCUCUCUCUCUCUCUCUCUCUCUCUGUCUAUAGUCCAAAAAGCCAUCACUACAACAAUGGCUUUUAUCACAUUUGGUUUCAGCGCUUCAAUCUGUCUGCUACCUUCCUCUGCUUCCUCCCUCUGCCCUCUCACAGUCUCAGCAGUGCCUGCCAAAAUAUUAAAACAUGGGGGAGAAGGCGAUGGAAAUGGAAUCCCACCACCUUCAACGACAAUCAUCCCUCCUACUCCUUAUAAUUUCCUUGGCUUCUCCGAACUCCUAGUGCUUGUCUUGUGCCCCUCAGAUUCCUCCCAAUCUCAGUCCCCUCGACUAUAAAUUUCCCCUUUCUUUUUUUUUUUUUGGGUUUGUUUCUUUCCCUCUGUUCAUCUAUCUCUGGGUCUGGGCUUCCUCCAAGUUCCCUCCUUUUUUGCUAAAUGUGACACCCUUUUUCGUUGGAAAGAAGCUCUGGGUGUGCUGUGUAUUAAUGGAAAUUGAUCUGAACCAUGCAAUUAGUGAAGUAGCAGUGGAAAAGAACACCCUUUGCAGCAGCAGCAGCAAUGGAGCUGGGGACUGUUCUUCUUCCUCCUGUUCCUCAAAUUCAUCAACACCACCACCACCUGUCUCUUCUCCUUCUUCCUCCUCUUCCUCGUCUUCUUCUUCCAUCUUCUCGGAGCUCUGGCAUGCCUGUGCUGGCCCACUGGCUACCCUCCCCAAGAAAGGGAGUGUUGUGGUUUACUUCCCGCAGGGCCACUUGGAGCAGUGCGCAGCUUCAUCUUCCUCCCCAGCAGCUUCUCUGGAAUUCCGAGGCUCUGAUCUUCUGCAGCCUCAAAUCUUUUGCAGGGUUAUGAAUGUCCAAUUGCUGGCUAAUAAGGAAAAUGAUGAGGUCUACACGAGGGUUACUCUGCUACCUCAGCCACCAGAGCUGUUGGGAUUGAACUCGGAGGGCAGAGAGAUGGUAGAUUUGGAAGGAAUUGAGGAAGGAGGAGGAGGAUCUCCAGCAUUAAGAUCGACCCCGCAUAUGUUCUGCAAGACGCUCACAGCUUCCGAUACAAGCACGCAUGGUGGGUUCUCGGUCCCACGUAGAGCUGCCGAGGACUGCUUCCCUCCUUUGGAUUAUAAGCAGCUAAGGCCCUCUCAAGAACUCGUCGCGAAGGAUCUCCAUGGAGUGGAGUGGAGGUUUCGCCAUAUCUAUAGAGGUCAGCCUCGGAGACAUUUGCUUACUACCGGAUGGAGCAUUUUUGUGAACCAAAAGAAUCUCGUCUCAGGAGAUGCGGUUCUCUUCCUGAGAGGAGAAGAUGGAGAAUUGAGGUUGGGAGUAAGAAGAGCCCUUAGACCAAGAAAUGGUCUUCCUAGUUCUGUCGUUGGACAUCAGAACUCUCAUUUGGCUAUUCUCUCACCAGCAGCUAAUGCCAUAUCGAGCAAAAGCACCUUUGAUGUCUUCUACUCUCCCAGGGCAAGCCAUGCUGAAUUUGUUGUCCCAUAUAAAAAGUACAUAACGAGCAUUACAAAUCCCAUAUGCGUUGGGUCGAGAUUCAAGAUGAGAUUUGACAUGGAUGAUGCCCCAGACAGGAGGUGCACUGGUGUGGUGACCAGGAUUGGGGACUUGGACCCGUACCAAUGGCCCAAAUCAAAAUGGAGAUGUUUAUCGGUCCGAUGGGAUGAUGAUAUAAUGAACAAUCACCAAGAGCGAGUCUCGCCAUGGGAAAUUGAUCCAUCGGUUUCUCUCUCUGCGUUUAGCAUUCAGUCCUCCCCAAGGCUGAAGAAACUGAGGAGUGGUCCCCAAAUUACUCAGCCCAAUGACCUCGUCCCUGCAGGAGUGGUCAGGCUUUUAGACUUUGAGGAGUCUCUGAGAUCCUCUAAGGUCUUGCAAGGUCAAGAAAAUUUAUGCUUUGCGUCCCCCUUCUUUGGAGGUGGUGCCAUGAACCGUCCCGAAAAGGCUAAUAUCUGUGAUAAUAUGAUGGCAAAACCCCCAGUUUACCCCGGCUUUGUGGAAUCAGCUGAUAGAUUCCCCAAGGUCUUGCAAGGUCAAGAAAUAUGCCCACUGAAGGCCUUAACGGACAACCCUGAGUUUUGUAUUGGUUCUUGGGGAAACUCAAGUCCUGGGCUUCAGAAUGUUUACUUCCCUUGGGGUGGUAGUCUUAAAGGGAGCUCAUCAAAUCCUUUAAACAGUUCCCUUUUGGCUAAUAUCCCAAGGGAGAUUUCCUCUGCUAGAUCUCCAUAUAUUCCUAUUAGGGAUGAGAUCAGAAGGGGAAACGUAGAAACUGAGGCUGCGCAUGCAGAGAGUAUCAUAACUCCUCCUACUUCAAGGGAAAAGGAAGGAACUCGGAAGAAUGAAAGUUUUAAUGGUGGUUUUAGUGGAUGUAAGCUAUUUGGUUUUCCACUAGCCUUAGAAGCGCCUUCACCUUCUCCUUCUCCUACCCCACAAGCAUCUGGUAAGAGAAGUUGUACAAAGGUUCAUAAGCAAGGGAGUUUGGUGGGAAGAGCUAUUGAUCUCUCAAGAUUGAAUAAUUAUAAAGAUCUGCUGAAUGAGCUAGAAUGGCUCUUUAGCAUGGAGGGCUUGUUGAGAGACCCUGAGAAAGGCUGGCGAGUCCUCUAUACUGACAGUGAGAAUGAUGUUAUGGUUGUCGGAGACGACCCAUGGCAUGAGUUCUGUGAAGUGGUAUGUAAAAUCCACAUAUACACCCAAGAAGAAGUGGAGAAGAUGACCAGUGGGGGGUUGAUCAGUGAUGAUACUCAGAGCUGUUUGGAUCAGUCGCCUGUGACUGUUGAACCGUCCAAGUCUUCUUCGGUGGGGCAACCUGAUUCUUCCCCAACUCUUUGCCGUUCAGGUUUAGAAGUCUAAGGUCCUCGUACGGACGCUUCUCAUGUUAGUAUACUCGGGACUUCAAUAGACCUCUGUCCCGGGACUUACUGUCUAUCCAUCUUAAUAUGUAAGUGCAUUGAGAUAUCAUAAACUUUUUGGUAAUAUGCUACCAGCGUACCACUGGCAGUGGAGCUCCCCCUGCUUAUUGCAAUGAUGAAGUUUAGCAUGCAUUUAUUUUCUUAUC